CUUGAAUGAAAAGCGAGCGGUCCAGUGAACAGAGCCGCAGUCGGACCCAGGAGGCAGGAAGCGCAACAGCGCGUGUCGGGGCGCGAGAACGGUAACCGGAGCCGGGUGCUCUCUUCGCAGCACGGGGAAGCGAACGAGGAAUCAGUAGCAUGGCGGAACAGGAUGUGGAAAACGAGCUUCUGGAUUAUGAGGAAGAUGAAGAGCCCCAGGCACCUCCAGAGAGCGCUCCACCUCCCCCCAAGAAAGACGUUAAGGGUUCCUAUGUUUCCAUCCACAGCUCUGGCUUCCGGGACUUUCUGUUGAAGCCGGAGCUCCUGAGGGCCAUAGUGGACUGUGGCUUUGAGCAUCCAUCAGAGGUCCAGCACGAGUGUAUUCCGCAAGCCAUCCUGGGCAUGGACAUCUUGUGCCAGGCCAAAUCAGGGAUGGGCAAGACAGCGGUUUUUGUGUUGGCCACUCUGCAGCAGAUUGAGCCCGUCAACGGACAGGUGACGGUCCUGGUGAUGUGCCACACUCGAGAGCUUGCCUUCCAGAUCAGCAAGGAGUAUGAGCGCUUCUCCAAAUACAUGCCCAGCGUCAAGGUGUCUGUGUUCUUUGGGGGCCUGUCCAUCAAGAAGGAUGAGGAGGUGUUGAAGAGGAACUGUCCCCACGUGGUGGUGGGGACGCCGGGCCGGAUCCUGGCACUUGUGCGCAAUAGGAGCCUCAACCUGAAGAAUGUGAAGCACUUCGUGUUGGAUGAGUGCGACAAGAUGCUGGAGCAGCUGGAUAUGCGGCGGGACGUGCAGGAAAUCUUCCGCCUGACCCCCCACGAGAAGCAGUGCAUGAUGUUCAGCGCCACCUUGAGCAAGGAGAUCCGACCCGUGUGCAGGAAGUUCAUGCAAGAUCCCAUGGAGGUGUUUGUGGACGACGAGACCAAGCUCACGCUGCACGGGCUACAGCAGUACUACGUGAAACUCAAGGACAGUGAGAAGAACCGCAAGCUCUUCGACCUCCUGGAUGUGUUGGAGUUUAACCAGGUUGUGAUCUUUGUGAAGUCAGUGCAGCGCUGCAUGGCCUUGGCCCAGCUCCUGGUGGAACAGAACUUCCCAGCUAUUGCCAUCCACAGGGGCAUGGCUCAGGAGGAGCGCCUGUCGCGCUAUCAGCAGUUCAAGGACUUCCAGCGGCGGAUCCUGGUGGCCACCAAUCUGUUCGGCCGAGGGAUGGACAUUGAGCGCGUCAACAUCGUCUUCAAUUAUGACAUGCCUGAGGACUCGGACACCUACCUCCACCGUGUGGCCCGUGCGGGUCGCUUCGGUACCAAAGGCCUGGCCGUUACUUUCGUGUCUGACGAGAACGAUGCCAAAAUCCUCAAUGAUGUCCAGGACCGGUUUGAAGUGAACGUGGCAGAGCUUCCAGAAGAAAUUGACAUCUCCACAUACAGUAAGUGGCUCAGACAGGGCUGGGGUGCCGGGGUGGGGGGACAGUGGUGGGGCCUAUCCUCACCGCCCCCUCCUCACUGGCUUCCCCCGUCCCCCGUGUGUGUCUCACAGUUGAGCAGAGCCGGUAACCACAUGCCCUGACGACCAGAGCCACUCUGCUUCCCACGUGCUGCUGCUUCAAGUGCUCUUUCUAGGCAACACUGGGCCUUUCAUUUUACUGUUUAAAAGUGUAGAUUUGUGCAAAAAUACAUUUUUAUUAUGG